AUGUCGGCUUCAGGAUCCGGUGCACCAAACAACAAUUCGGGGGAAUCGAGCUCCUCGAAGAAGCCAUUCCCCUCGGUUGACCUUCAGGGCAAUGACCUUCCUCCGUCCCCAGCUCCGUCCAGCCCGCACGCAGGUCGUCGGUAUAACAUGGCCACUGAGCUAGUCUACACCGAGGGCAGUGAUCAAUACAAUGCUAGCAGUGUGCCAAUUUACCAGAGUGCUACCUUCAAGCAAACAUCCGGCGCUGGUGGUGGAGAGUAUGACUACACUCGCUCCGGUAACCCAACUCGCACCCACCUUGAACGACACCUCGCCAAAAUCAUGUCUGCCCAGCGGGCUCUCGUUGUGUCUUCUGGCAUGGCAGCCCUGGACGUGAUCACCCGCCUCCUGCGACCCGGCGACGAAGUCGUCACCGGUGACGAUUUAUACGGUGGCUCACACCGCCUGUUGAAGUUUCUCUCAACAAACGGCGGCAUCAUCGUGCACCACGUCGAUACUACACGGCCAGAGAAGGUGGUGGAAAUCCUCAGCAAGAAGACCGCCAUGGUCCUCCUCGAGACCCCCACCAACCCCCUCAUCAAGAUCGUCGACAUCGGCAAAAUUGCUGCCGCCGCCCACGAGGCUAACCCUAGCUGUCUGGUUGUUGUAGACAACACCAUGAUGUCCCCAUUACUGCUUAACCCUCUUGAGCUAGGCGCCGACGUCGUCUACGAGAGUGGCACAAAGUACCUAUCUGGUCACCACGAUUUGAUGGCUGGUGUCAUUGCCUGCAACGAUCUGACCCUCGGUGAGCGCCUGUACUUCCCCAUCAACACAUCUGGAUGUGGUCUUUCACCCUUCGACUCCUGGCUCUUGAUGCGAGGUGUCAAGACCCUGAAGGUCCGCAUGGACCAGCAGCAAAGCAAUGCCCAGCGGAUCGCAGAGUUCCUCGAGUCUCAUGGAUUCAAGGUGCGAUACCCCGGUCUGCGCUCGCACCCUCAGUACGAGCUCCACAACUCGAUGGCGCGCGGUGCGGGCGCCGUGCUCUCCUUCGAGACAGGUGAUGUAAAUAUCAGUGAACGCAUUGUGGAAAGCGCGAAGAUCUUCGCUAUCAGUGUUAGCUUUGGCUGUGUCAACUCAUUGAUUAGUAUGCCUUGCCGGAUGAGCCAUGCUAGCAUUGACGCGAAAACGCGAGCGGAGCGCGAUUUCCCAGAGGACCUGAUCCGACUGUGUAUUGGAAUUGAAGAUGUGGAUGACCUCAUUGAUGAUUUGCGCCGUGCGCUCGUCCAAGCCGGAGCCGUAAACAUGUCACUGGAUGGAUUCUCGGCCUCAAAUGCAGGCUCUGCGUAG